AAUCUAUCCAGUGAAAACAAGCAGCAGUCGAGGCAAGCCGCGACGAUGGCCGAGGUCAUGCACGAGGCCGUCAAGGUCGACGUCUUUGGGAGCUACGAGGCGCUGGACCAGGACAGCGGCAAGUUCUACACGGAGUACAUUCUGCGCUGCAACGUCCAGGACCCCAGCGCCCGCCUGCGCUCGUGGAAUGCUGCUCGCCGAUACCGCGAGUUUUGUGCGAUCGACAUACUGCUGCGGGAAAAGUACCCGCACCUUGCGAGCUCGUUUCCGUCGUUGCCGAGCAAGAAAUACCUCGGCUCGUCGCUCUCGUCCGACUUUGUGGAGAAGCGCCAGCGCGACUUGGGCCAUUACAUCUCGACGCUCCUGAGCUUGUACCCGCAGCUGCUGCACGACGAGAUCAUGGACGAGUUCUUGGAGCUCUCGAGCCACUAAUACGAGACGACGUUGUGUCUGUGAUUCUUUCAACGAGAUGGCGCCAGGACGGAUGCAUCUACCAACGCUUUCUUCUAUUCCUCAACUACCAAGUGUAGAAGCCACCG